AUGAGGACAAAUAAAUACCAGUACCUCUUUAUCGCAGACGUGUUGGGUCAUCUCACGGAUGCCAAAGUGUCUGCAGCCAUUCGUAGGCUGAAUGAGCUCUGUGCAUUCGUGCGCAUUCUGGGCUCCUUUGCAAUAUUGCGGAGUGAAGAGGUCAUGACAAUGGCUGAAAAAAGUGGCCGUGUCAAAAACGAAGUUGGUGGCACCAUGGCUGACAAGUAUCCUUUGAACCCGAUCUUUCAGAAAGUGACCGUUGCCAAGACUGUGCUGAUUCAUGGUCAGACGAAACAAAUGGAGGCCGAAGGCAAGAAGGUGUGGUCUUUGUGCGUUGGUGAGCCCGACUACAACCCGCACGACCGUGUAUUGGCCGCUGGUGCCAAGGCUAUGAUUGAAGGAAACAUUAAAUAUGCACACAUGAGAGGUUUGGUAAAGCUACGAAGUCUCAUCUCAACGUACCUGAAGCAAGCCAAAGAAUUGAACUACGAUCCAGCCACAGAGAUUCUGGUUUCAAAUGGCGCACAACAGUCCAUCUACCAAGCGUUGUACACGAUAUGCCGUCCUGGCCAAAAAGUGAUCAUCCCGACACCCUACUGGCUCAACUACCCAGAAAUCGUCAAACUUGUGUACGCAGAACCCGUUGUAUUGCGUACAACGCUUGAAGAAAACUACCUAAUAAAUCCGGUAGAGCUCGAAAAGACACUAACACUACACCCGGAUGCAAAGGUUAUCAUCUUGUGCAAUCCGAGCAACCCGUCUGGCACGCUUCAUGGCCCCGAGCAUCUCGAGCAGAUUGCUGCUGUGUUGCGCAAGCCACAGUUCCGCCACAUUGUGGUCAUUUCAGACGAAAUUUACGAGCAAUUGUUGUACCAGGAUGAGGGUGUACCGGAGCGAAAACAUGUGAGCUUUGCCACGCUACAAGGUAUGUAUGAGCGCACCUUGCUAGUUAACGGAUUCUCCAAGGCACACGCCAUGACUGGCCUUCGUGUGGGUUACCUUGCCGGUCCUAGUCACUACAUUGACCCAUGCACGCUGCUACAGGCACAGCUGACGUCAUGUCCGAACACCAUUGGCCAGGUGGCUGCUGUGGAGGCCCUCAAGUACGAGCUCGAAUGCAUGGAAAAAGGCGAACGUCGCAUCACCGAAGUGAUCAAGAAUCUGGACAUCAAGCGCCGUUAUAUCGUCAAGCGGCUGGCAGAUAUGCCCAACAUGCGCUUUGCUUAUCCAACUUCAGCAUUUUAUGUCUUCCUGGAUCUAUCGUCGUACUUUAAAGGCAAGAAGGCGUUCACUGCCGACAAAAGCGUGACUCUUACGAGCGUUGAUGACUUCUGUGCGCAUCUACUUCAAGACAUGCACAUUGCGGUGGUACCGGGCUCAGAAUUUGGAGACGAGUUUGGCAUGCGCAUUUCAUACGCUAGUUCGAUGGAAACGAUCACACACGCAAUGGAUGGCAUAGAGAAGCUGCUUUACUCUUUGCGUUUUGAGUAG